AUGGCUCCAGGAAUACGGGACGCUGUGCCCGGAACCAUCCACCUCGUCGACACCGAUCACCAUACCCUUCACCAAGGCGAUAUCGUAUUGAACCCUCGCCCCAGUGCCGAUCCCGAAGACCCCCUCAACUGGCCGCGAUGGCGAAAGCAGAGGGCCAUCUGGAUGGUGUACAUCUACGUGUUUGGAAUCUCCAUCUCCACCGCCGUCCAGUAUUCGGUCCUGGCCGACAUUGCCGCAGAGGGCAUCUCGUAUUCGGCCUUGAACACCGGCGCCGGCCUGAUGUUCCUCUUUCUCGGUUGGGCCUGCUUGGUGUGGCAACCGAUCGCCCUGGUCUUUGGACGCCGUGGCGUCUAUAUCUUGUCCAGCUUGCUCUCCAUCGGACCCAUGGUCUGGACGGCAUACUCGAAAACCAAUGGCGACUGGUACGGCCAUCGCAUCUUGAUCGGCCUCUUCGCCGCCCCGACGGAAUCGCUGCCCGAAGUCUCCGUCCCUGACCUGUUCUUUGCGCAUGAGAGAGGAUACUAUAUUGGCAUCUACGCCCUUUUCGUCUUUGGCGGCAAUUCUUUGGCCCCUUUCUUCGCCGGCUUCAUCGCAGAUGCCAUGGGCUGGCAAGCCGCCAUCUGGUUCGGCACAAUCGUCCUCAUCGUCUGCACGGUCAUCGUCUUUUUCGGGCUCGAGGAAACCAUGUAUUUCCGUGAAACCAUCGAAGGUGUGGACGAAGGCGACGCCGUCACCGAAGAGGUCGCGGUCCAAACCGCCACAUCCAAGAACGUGACGCCAGACCAGAAGACUGCCGUUCCCGCUGAAAAGAAUGAAAAGAACGAGACAACGGUCCUGAAGGCGGGCAGCGAAACAGGUGCGGCUCCAGUGGGAGAAAGCGUCACCUACUAUUCAACGCCGCCACGCACUUACCUGCAAAACUUGGCGCUCUUUCGAAGUCUCCGGGGUCGGCCAUCGGUGCAACAGAUGCUGGUCAUGAUGUACCGACCGUUGCUCAUGAUCUUGCACUUCCCGACCGUGGUGUGGGCCGGCUUCUUGUACGGAGUCAACCUGUCGUGGUACAACGUGGUCAACGCGACCAUGAGUCUGGUCCUCAGCGCGGCCCCAUACAACUUCUCCACGAGCGCCGUGGGCUUAGGGUUCCUGUCGGUCUUCGUGGGCGCCGUCCUGGGGGCCUUGUGGGCCGGCUGGGUCGGGGACAGGGUCGCCCUGUACCUGGCUCGACGCAACGGCGGCAUCCGCGAACCGGAACACCGUCUCUGGGUGCUCGUCUUCUCGGCCGUCGUCGGCGCCGCGGGUUUCAUCCUGUGGGGCGUCGGGGCCGCCCACCAGGUCCAGUUCAUGGGGUUGAUCGUGGGCGUCGGCAUGGUCGAGUUCGCCGUCGUCGCGGGAGGGUCCACGGCCCUCGCGUACGACAUCGACAGCUUCAAGGAGAUCGCGGGCGAGUCCCUCAUCCUCGUCAUCAUCGUCCGCAACACCCUCGGCUUCGGCUUCUCCUACGGCAUCACCCCCUGGCUCAACAGCCAGGGCCUGACCGACACCUUUGUGGCCGUGGGCAUGCUCUCGUUCGGCUGCACAAUGACCUUCCUGUUCUUCAUCGUGUUCGGCAAGGCCAUCAGGAGGUGGUCCGCCAAGAUGUACUGGGAGUACACCGACACCUUGGUCGUCCGUGGCGCUCAUUGA